AUUAGCCCAUUCGCAAACAACUCCAUCAAUCUUAAUAUCCAGAUUUCCUGUCUUCGUUUCGUUGGACCUCAACAACAGGGCGCCAGAUUUAUCCAUCAUCCUCCUUCUCUAAUGGCUUCCAGUCUUGCCAAUUUUCAGCAUGCCCAGGCUGCCAGUAGGGAUUAUAUUUCCCAACCCCGCAUUAUGUACAAGACUGUGUCAGGUGUGAAUGGUCCUCUUGUCAUACUGGAUCAGAUCCGGUUUCCUAAAUAUGCUGAAAUAGUGCACUUGACAUUGGCUGAUGGAUCGACUCGGAGCGGUCAAGUCUUAGAAAUCAGUGGCAGUAAAGCUGUCGUCCAAGUAUUCGAAGGGACUAGUGGAAUUGAUGCCAAACACACAACGUGCGAAUUUACUGGUGAUAUCCUUCGUACUCCCGUCUCUGAGGAUAUGUUAGGGCGAAUUUUUAAUGGGUCUGGAAAGCCAAAGGAUGGUGGCCCUUCUAUUAUGGCUGAGGAUUUUUUGGACAUACAGGGUCAACCUAUCAACCCAUCGUCUAGGAUCUACCCUGAAGAAAUGAUCCAGACCGGAAUUUCCAGCAUAGAUAUAAUGAAUUCAAUUGCCAGAGGCCAGAAAAUUCCAAUAUUCUCCGCAUCUGGCCUUCCGCAUAAUGAAAUUGCUGCUCAGAUCUGUCGGCAGGCUGGCUUGGUUAAACUUCCCAAUAAAUCCGUCUUGGACUCUGACACGGAUAACUUUGCUAUAGUUUUUGCUGCUAUGGGCGUAAAUAUGGAAACCGCAAGAUUUUUUAUGCAAGACUUUAAAGAAAAUGGCUCAAUGGAAAAUGUUUGCCUAUUUCUUAAUUUGGCAAACGAUCCCACGAUAGAGAGAAUUAUCACGCCCAGAAUAGCCUUGACGACGGCCGAAUACUUGGCAUAUCAAUGCGAAAAACAUGUUUUGGUGAUAUUGACGGAUAUG